AUGAGCCACGAGUCCCAAACAGAGACUCACAGGGAUCCUUCUCAGCCCAAACAGAGACUCACAGGGAUCCUUCUCAGCCCAAACAAUGACUCACAGGGAUCCUUCUCAGCCCAAACAGUGACUCACAGGGAUCCUUCUCAGCCCAAACAGAGACUCACAGGGAUCCUUCUCAGCCCAAACAGUGACUCACAGGGAUCCUUCUCAGCCCAAACAGUGACUCACAGGGAUCCUUCUCAGCCCAAACAGAGACUCACAGGGAUCCUUCUCAGCCCAAACAGAGACUCACAGGGAUCCUUCUCAGCCCAAACAAUGACUCACAGGGAUCCUUCUCAGCCCAAACAGGAAUGCGAGGACCUGCAGGUUUUGAUGGAGAGCCAGGAGUUCCAGGAAACCCAGGAGAAGCCGGACCCCCAGGACACCCCACCCACCACGGGGUAA